AUGAAUAUGACAAGAAUAGAGAAAAAUAAACAAAGAAUGAUCAAAUCAAAUGGGAAAUCGCCUCAACCAAGAUACUAUAGAGCAUUUCUAUCUCACAUUGCUAUAGAAUUGAAAAAACGAUUGAUUCUAUCCAAGCGUAUAAAGAAUGGGAUCGAAUACAACAAUGUAUUUGAUGGUAAAGAAGCUGUGGAUAAACUAAAAGAAAUUCUUUGUACAACAGAUCGUCUUCUUGCAUUGAGAGUGGGUCGUGCCUUGGAAACUCAAAGAUUCUUUCAUGAUGUUAGCUAUGAGAGUAGACUUGUUGAUGAUAUUAUCGAAAUAUAUCAAUUCACUAAUGAUCUCAUCUUUCAUGGUUUCCCUUUGAGAAGUGAUAGUAGUGACAGUAGCACCAAUAUAUCUUCAGUGACUACUACGCCAACGCCAAGUCAUCAUGGUGCAAGUGAUGAUGAAGAUGAUGAAGAUGAAGACGACCAUACUUCCUAUUCAGCUUCACCUACUGCUAUUUCAUCUCAGCAUACAUUAUUACCAUCCGGUGUCUAUACUGAAUUAACCUAUUGUUACUCUGCAACCUGCAAUUAUUUAUAUCCGUGCUACAGUUACACAUGCCCAAACAGGGAAAGAUUGAGAAAUAGACCACAGAGUAUAGACACUCGAGAAAAGCGAGUGACAGCAUAUGCGUACACCAUAGAAAAGCACCAGCCUCUGUGGUCCACUUUGAUAGAUGACUAUAUCCUAUUUUCUAUCUCUGCCCUGGAAAGAAGAAGACAGGAAACUAUCUUUGAAUUGAUCUACACAGAAGAGAGUUUCCUCAAUGAUUUAAAAUAUAUAAUGAAGAUGUGGAUAGAACCACUAAAGAAUGGCGAUAUUAUUCCAGUAAAGCGACGAGAUACAUUUAUAGAUAAAGUGUUUUCAAAUAUAAAAGAGAUUCACGAUAUCAGUCAACGACUCACGUCAGCAUUGAAAACAAGGCAACAACAGCACCCUAUUAUAUCACAAAUAAGUGACAUCAUGAAGCAUUAUGUACUAGAGUUUGAGCCCUUUGUUUACUACGGCGCUAGACAGCAUCAAGCAAAAUAUACCUAUGAACUAGAAAAGUUUAAUAAUCCUCGUUUUGCCUUGUUUGCAGAGCAAACUGAACGGCAUGAAUCGUCCCGUAAGUUGGAGUUAAACGGUUAUCUGACAAAGCCAACGACACGCCUUGGAAGAUACACGUUGCUGUUGGAUAAAAUAUACGAUAGGACUGAAGAGGGUCACCCGGAUAAAGAGAGUAUACCCCACAUUAUUGACACCAUAAAGCACUAUUUGCAAAAAGUGAACAAUGAAGCUGGAAAAGCCAAGAAUCGAUUUGAUCUGGAGCAAAUCAAUGCGCAUCUUUCAUUUAAAAACAAAAAGGAUAAGAUAGACUUGAAGCUACUAGAGGAAAGUAGGUGUAUAAUCAAGCAAGGGACACUGAGGAGAACACCUAGUCUUGAUUCAACUGAGUACCAAGUCAUCCUGUUUGACCAUUACUUGGUUACGGCCAAGGUCAAAGUCAUCAAUGCAACCGAGCACUAUAGCAUACGCAACAGGCCUAUUCCCAUCGAGCUGCUUGGCGUGUCCUUGCCCACAACAGAUAAUCCAGUUCAUAGGUCUACCAGCACACUUUUAUCUACAGCAGCAGAAAAACUGACGACGCAUCGUGGAAGCAACGUGAGUAGCGCGUUAGGAAACUCUAUUUCUAGACAACAAAAAAGCAAUAGCUCAGAUAGUCUUUUAAACAGUAAUAGCGCCAAAUUGGGGGCACCCAUCACCUUUUAUCACGAGGGUAGAAUAACAGAAGAUUCUUAUACACUGUAUGCGCCUUCGGAGCACAAUAGGAAAGCAUGGAAUGAAGCCAUUAGGAAGCAAAAAGAAGCCAAGUCAAAGCGCAAACCUGUGUUCCAGAUGGUAAAAGUUGUGAAAGAUUUCGAAUUCUUUGCUGAUAUGAACAUUUAUCACAUGAUUGCUUUUGACAAUGGUCAGCAUUAUAUGCUUGCCACUGAUUCAGGGCUUUAUAUUGGACAAAGGAAGUGUGUGCCAAGCGUGGUACCUAGAAAGGUAUUGCCAUUGGAACGAGUGCAUCAAGUGCAUGUACUGGAGGAAUAUGGGCUGCUUUUAGUGUUAGCGGAUGAUAUUCUUUGGCAAUACCCUUUAGAGAUAAUUUUGAAUGGACGACCUGAUGGAUCCCACAGCAUUCAACACUUUGGGAGGAAAGUUCAAGGAAACGUACCAUUCUUUCAUGUAGGCACUUGUCUAGGUAAAACAUUGAUUUGUGUACCAAAGCCUCCUUCUGUGAAUGGUACAGAAAUUGAAAUAUACGAACCAUCGAUGCCAAAGACUGAGAUGAGAAGAAAGUCUAUUUUUAGCAAAUUAUCUAUUCGCUCCUCUUUAUCUCUCACAAACACACAAGUCAAUCCACUGAAGCCGAUAUAUAGCCCUUGUGAUGUCUGGGCAAUUGAUACAACCAAGUCUAUGGUAUUGCUCACUACACCUCUAGGCAUGAUUGCAGUGGAUAUGAACACAAAAAAGCCUGAUCGUUUACUUGACCCUUCUGAUAGACACCUUAAUUUUAUUACCAAAAAUGAAACAACCAAUGCUCAAAUACCAAUCAGUUCAACAGUUAAACGUAUAUUUGUAUUCUCAGUACCUGGUGGCAAUUACUUGAUGUGCUAUGACAGAUAUGCUUUUUAUAUUGAUAAAAAGGGAAGAAGAGCUGAAAGACAGUUCAAGAUUGAAUGGGAAGGGCAUCCCACAGCCUUUGCUUACUAUCAUCCUUAUAUAAUUGCAUUUGAACAUCAAUUUAUUGAAGUGAGGAGUAUUGUUGAUGUUGGUAUAAACAUACAAACAAAACAAAGUUGUAUUAAGCAAGUUUAUUAUAGGGUCAGAUACAGCAAGUGA